AUGGGCUGUAUUCUCAGACCAAAGGCGUAUGAAUGUUUCCCUCCCAUGUACACUGAAAAUUAUAUUGGGGGAGAAUUAAGUACGAAGUCGUGCCCAGAUGUUGCCGGUGUUACUGAGGUCGUUCUUGUAGGAAAACAGAUAGACAUAUUUCAGGUAAUUGCACUCUACGUUCUUUUGGCCGUUGCCCUCGCCCGCCCUCAGAACGGCUACGGUGUCCCAACGCCCUCUUCAGUACCUGCCAAGUACGACUUCAAUUACGCUGUCAACGACCCACCAUCUGGAAACGACUUCGGCCAUCAGGAGGCCCGAGAUGGUCCUAAUACUCAGGGUUCCUACUAUGUCCUCCUUCCCGACGGUCGUCUUCAGAGAGUCACCUACACUGUGAACGGUGAUUCUGGCUAUUUGGCCGAGACCACCUACGAGGGCGAGGCCCAGUAUCCCUCCACACCACGCCCCUAUACACCUGCCCCUCAGUAUGCCUAA